AUGUCGGCUACGCAGCAAAAUGAGAAAACGACAGCCUCGCCUCCCACUCCUCAUCAUGACCCCGAAUCAGGCGCGACUCCAAUGUCAACCGACAAAGACAUAGCAAUCAACCUUGUCGGCGAGCAUGCUCAAGAAAUCGAUCCAGAAACUGAAGCAAAAGUCCUUCGAAAGAUCGAUUGGUUCCUCAUCCCCGCCAUGAUCGUGGGCUACGGUCUAGUGUACUAUGAUAAAGCCAUCCUCGGUUCCGCCGCCCUCUUCGGCAUGACGGCCGACCUCUCGCUGAGUGUCGUUACAAACGCGUCCACGAAACCCCCAACAGUCUCCACCACACGCCUUUCCUGGGCGACAUCACUCUUCUACUUUGGCAUGCUCGCCGGUCUUUAUCCCCUGACCUUCGCUCUGCAGCGUUUUAACUUGGGUCGAAUCCUAGGCGCCGUUGUACUCCUCUGGUCACUUAUCUGCAUGUUAACCGCAGCCGUGACAACCUACCACGGUUUAUUCGCGCAGAGAUUCUUCCUCGGCUUUGUAGAAAGCAUCAUACCCACAGGUUUCAUGACCAUAAUCUCGUCUUACUACACCCAGCGCGAACAAUCCAUCCGGCAAAGUUGGUGGUUCAGUUCCACAGGCCUCUUCACCAUCAUCGGGGGCGCACUAAACUACGGAUUCGCGCAGAUAACAUCUGGCUCCUUACGUCGUUGGCAGUACAUCUACCUCCUCGCCGGUUGCCUAACCUUCCUCUUCGGCAUCUGGUGUUUCUUUAUCCCGAAUUCCUGCGCAGAAGCCUGGUUUCUCACCCCCCACGAACGCGUCGUCGCUGUUGAACGGCUCCGAAAGGGAGCCACAGGCGUUCGCUGUCAGAAAAUCAAAACGUAUCAGCUUGUGGAAGCAGUCACUGAUAUCAAGUUCUAUCUCAUCUUUCUGCUCAUGGCAUCCGCUUAUACCGUCAACGGCGCGGUAUCUGGUUUCGGCCCACUGAUUGUGAAUACAUUCGGUUGGUCGCCUCUUGCAAGCAUACUCUGGCAGUUUCCGCUUGGACUCAUCUGUCUUGUUACUAUACUCCUGUGCGGCUACCUCUCCUCUCGCAUCCCCAACAUUCGUCUCAUCCUUCUCAUCAUACACUGUUUCCCUGUCAUAGCAGGUUGCGCCAUGAUCUGGAAGAGCGAGUGGACGUAUCACGCGGCUACGCCCGUUGCCGGUUACAGCAUCAUCGGCACAUUUGGUGCGGUGGUUAGUCAGACGAUUGUUGUAGCCAUGGCGAAUGUGAGCGGAGCAACGAAGAAGAGUGCGAUGGCUGGUACAGUUUUCGUGGCGUACUGUGUAGGAAAUAUCGUCGGGCCAUUGCUUAUAAGAAGUCAGGAGAAAGGGAAACAUUACCCUAGGUUGUGGACGGGGUUGAUUAUCUGUUAUUGUAUCACGAUUGCCUCUGCUGUAGCGCUCUACGCUGUGCUUGCAAGGGAGAACAAGAGAAGGGAAGCUCAUCCCAUCGACGAGGAAGAGAGGGAUAAACUCGCUUUUAUGGACCUGACAGACAAGGAAAACCCGUAUUUUAGAUAUGUUCUAUAA